GAAAGGAAGAUUAAAAUUGUGAAAAAUGACACAGAGCUGCAUGCGCAUGGAACUUUGCCAGCUAGCGAUGAAUUAGUAAUCGCUCUUUACUCGUCGAUGUGUGGCAAGCAAUUGCGUGGAAGAUUUCGUUGUCUCGACUAUUUGAAACAAAAAGCAUCAAAAUAUUACUAGCUGUCGUAAGGGACAAACGUAAGCAACAUCCGUCCGAUUCUACGAGAUAAAGACAUCGACAAACAGGAAAGGGAAGAAAUGGCAGAUGAGAAAAUUACGUUAGACGAGCGAUUGUACGAUUAUUUGCGUACAUAUGCAAAAUCCAUCAAGUUGUCGGCCCCAAAAUUUCAUAUAACUGAGGGCACGGAUAAAAGUGACAAUUACGUUAGCCUCGUCUGGCGCGUCACGAUCGAGGGUAUUACGGAAGAUGGCGAGGACAAGAAAAUUCAGCAUAUUCUGAAAACUGCGCGAGCUUCGGUAAUCGACCCGAUGAUAACUAACAUUAUGAUCACAUAUAUGUUCCAACGCGAGAUGUUCUUCUACAAAGAAGUGUUGCCUAUUUUCAAAGAGACUUUGAAGAGCCGCGGCGAGAUUAUCGAUGACCGCUUCCCUAUUUUGUACGACGUUAGCGAAGAAUUCGGAAAAGAGAUACUGAUGAUAGAAGAUCUAACGCCUCAAGGUUUCCUGACGGCUAAAUUAAAAAUUUUUGAUUACCCUCAUCUCAGCUUGGCGUUACGAUGCUUAGGUGAAUUUCACGCGUACAGCUUCAUUACGCGUGUCGCGAACCCGACGAGUUUCGAAGAACUAAAGAUGAAGGAACACUUGUUUACUCAAAAAUCAUACGAUAAUAUCGAGGAUGAGCAGAAGGAUAUGUCAAAAGUGCUCAUUGAUAUCAUUUUCCAGGCUUUAGCGAAUGAAGAUAAACAUUAUAUCGAAAGAUGUCAGCGAUUCAUAGAAAACAUGAUGCCAAAUAUGUUUGAUGCAGUUGAUGGAAAAGCCGCUGAGCCGUAUGCCGUUGUAAAUCAUGGUGAUUCUUGGACCAACAACAUACUCUUCAAAUAUGACAAAGAGAACAAUCCGUGCGACUUGCGUUUUAUAGAUUUUCAGAUAUGUCGUUACGCAUCUCCUGUCUUAGAUAUACUUUAUAUGCUUUUCUGCUGCUGCACGCAAGAAACACGAAGUAAAUAUUUCGAUCAGGUGAUAGACGAAUAUUAUGAAGCACUAUCCAGGUGUAUCGAAAGAGCCGGUUAUGAUCCUAAUAUUCUUUUUCCUUACGAAGUAUUAAUUCAACAUUUAACUAAAUUCGGAAAAUACGCAGCGGGAAUGGCAACUUACACUAUACAUAUAUUUACCAGUAAUAAUGAUGUAAAAAUAGAAGAUGUGAACGACAGUGAGAUUCUCCAAGAAAGAAUUGAAAAUGACAGCUUUUAUAAAAAUACUCCAUCUGGUCUUUUAAAUACUAGAUUAGCAUCAUCGAGUCUAUUUGUUGCUCUAGAAACAUUGAUUAUAAGAAUUUGA